AUGUAAAAUAUUGUGUCAUGUUGUGGUGAUUUUAAGUUAAAGGAAAAUACGACACAUUUCCGUGACACAGAUUGGCGCAGGUGUUGGUGUGCGUUCCGAAGCCGUUUUGCGGAAGAAGCCACGAGUGUUUUUUGAAGGGAACCUGUACCGCCGUCAAGAGAAAAAACAAAACAAACCUCACCAGCAGAAGAAAACAGCAAGAGCACACUGGUGACUGUGUUGUGACUGCCGAUUUCUGCCGACUCUACCCCAUCGGUGCGGACUGUGCAAACUUGUGGGCCCCCACCGCAGAAGAAACCAAAUAAAACAAUAACGAUCACCACAACAACAAGGGAACAGAACAGAAGUGCGCGAACACACGUAUGAAAACAGUGUGAGAGGUGGCUUACGCCUCCCCUGGGUAGGCUGGUUGGUUCCAAGCGGCUUCAGUUUUCGGGAUGCGUUCGUCGGACAGUGUGCUGGUGCGUGGACGAGUGCGAAUAAGCUGUCAGCCCUAGUAGUAGCGUGGUACGGUCCGAAGACCGAAGAAGAACGUUUUUUACACCCCUAAAUCAGUGGGCGAACAGUUUGGGUUCUAAUAGACGAAAAUUAGGAAAAAAGGCGCCGCAAUCGGUGUAUCGUGUACUGAACAAAGUGCUUAACAAUCAAACGAACGGGAACCUAACGGGCUGGAAACAGGAUCAAUAUGGCGACACUGCUGAAGAACGUUACCAACAGCAUAUGCCAUGCGUUCAAUGCUUUGCAGCAGAAUCGUGAUGGAUUUGUGAGCAAAUCGAAGUUGAAGGUGCUAACGGCAAACAUUGCAACGCUGCUGGAUCUGUACGGUGUGGAGCGUGGACUGGAUCACUUCCGUUCGACGGCAACACUGAACUUCGAACACUACCGGUACUACCUGGCGCAGGAAGUGUUUGCCGGUGUGUCGAACGAGCUGCCCCUGGCAGCAUUGCGCAACUACGAAACCAAAAUCGAUGAGGUGUGUUGGUUGGUGUGUCGGAUGAAUUUUCCUGCAAACGAUCAGUACUACACGGAGGAUGCCGUCUACAAGCUGUUCCGCAUAUUCUGUCUCGUGGCCGACCUUUCGACCGAUGCAACCGAGCCGAACCGGUACGCGGUCAAGAUUCACCCGCUGGAGGCGCUGAUCAUCAUCAAGCAUCUGCUGAAUGCGCUCGGGCUGAACUACGACGGUGACGGCAAGUACGACUACCUGCGCACGUCCGACCAGUCGCUGGAGUUCGGCGAGCUGCUGGAGAUGUUACGCUUCAAGAAUUACGAUAAGGUGAACGAUUACCGCGAGUCGAUCUGUGAAGCGAUCGGCGACAUGUAUCAGACGCUGAUCGAGGACGUCAUCAAGAAGGGUUACCUGUUCCGGCGCGGUUACGUGCUGCCCACGUUCCGCGAGUACUUCUUCGUGCUGCAGCCGUGCGAGCUGUCCUACUACAAGCAUCCGGCCGAUCGGGAAGUGUGCGGCACGAUCGUGCUAGACUCCCGGUUUAUGGUAAAACCGGCGGGCAAUCCGAGCUCGGGCAAGCAGGAGAAGGUGCAACGCUUCACGCUGGUGUCGGGCGAUCGGACGUAUGAGUUGGGGACGCCCGACCACAAGACCCGGCUGCAGUGGAUUGCAGCACUGCAGCUGGCCAUAACGUACUCGACGGGGCGCGAGGGUUUCCAGCGCGAUACGGUCAACAGACGGAAGCAGCAGCGGGAAGCGGAGCAGAGGCGCCGGCGGGAGGAGGAACAGCUACGCAGCCAGCAUCUGCGCCGGCUAGAGGAAACGCACGUGCAGUUGGAGCGCGAAAAGCAGGCCCGGCUGGCGGCCGAAUCACAGGCGCGCCAGUAUGAGGCCGUCGCGCGGGAAGAUUCACGGCGCGUGGCCGAGCUGGAGGAUGUGAAGCUGUGCCUGGAGAAGAUGCUGGAGGACGAGAUACAGGCCAAGCGGGACGAGGAGAUUGUGCGUGCGCUGCAGGCGCGCGUGUUGGCCGAGGAGUGGGAAAAGCGCGAAGAGCUGGAACAGCUGCAGGCGGAGCAGAAGAGUUUGUUGGAGCAGGAGCGCCAGAAGCGGAUGGAGUUCGAGCAUCGGCAGCAGGAGAACGAACAAAAGCUUUUCGAGGCGGAGGGCAUGUUGAGGCAGCUGGAAGAGGAACGCAAAAGGUUGGACCGCGAACUGAAGCUGGCCCGUCAGAAGAUACAGCUGUCGGAAGAUAAUAAAGGCAUUGUGGAGGCAAAACUGCAGGCCAUGUCUCCCACCUAUCGGACCAGCGCCGGUGAGUUUAUGAUCCGCCGUACGCAAUCGUUCGUCGCGGCCGAUCGACCGGUGCUCGUAGCCGGUACCAGAUCGUCCCAUCGGUUUAGCUAGAACAACAACCAAGUCAUUCGCUAUGGAUCCGGAACAACACAAAGAGACGGUUCGGGUGCGACAUAACUUAAUAACAACACGCUUCAUUUUUGUGUAUGAGUGCAUAUACAUAUUUUUCUGUUACGGUCCUACCUUCUUUAGUAAGCACUAAUCACCAUUCCACACCCACUAUUAUAUAAGGAUUUUUUAUUUAAUAAACAUUUAACUAUAAGGCUCUUUAUCGUACCCUAUGGUUGUACAGUAGGAGUUAGCUUGAUUCGAGAACGAACAGCUUUAGUAUAGCCUCAGAAACAACUCGGCAUCAUGUCAACUCCGAAUAUCAACUCGGAUCUCUGGAUCAUCAUCAAAACAACUAUGAACUCCAAGAAAAAUGGACAGAUCUCGA